AUGGCACAAAUACCGUUGGCUGCGUUUUUCGAUAAUAACGAAAGCAAAACGAUACUAAACUCGAUGAGUCAUCGACUAAAUGACAUGGAUCUCAAAUUGAGUCUGAUUCUAGAGCUACUAGCAACACGGCUGCCCGAUCAGAGGAUACCCUCAAUUUUCACGUCUCCCCCUCAAACGGUCAUUUCGGAGGCGCCACCUCAAUCGUUUACACCCAGUGCCACCAAUUCGACAUCCGACAAAACGACAAGUUCUUUAAAGAGUUUAUUCCAAGCUGAAAUUAAAACCGAAGACUCUGACGGCGAUUUGGACAUGGAGGGUGAGGAAGACACUGAAGAGCUUUUCGAAAAUGAGAGCCAACCGAGCCAGAGGAACCAGUCGCCAAAGGAAACCGAGGUAGAGGAUGAGAAGGUUUUAGCUGAUGGACCAUUUCCAGAGGGAGCUGUGAAAAGAGCCGCCGAGAAGGCUGCCAGAAGCUUCCAGAGCACACAACCAAAGGUCUUUGCUUGGCAAAUUCUCCGCGAGUCGGUCACCGAUGACGAGCUCCGAAACGUUCAAAUCUCCCUUCGCACCUUCCACGGAGAAACUGCCGAUCAUCUGCUUGCACGUCAACUGCCCAAGAUCCGCCUUGUUGUGGAGGCCACCAUGAGAUAUUUCAAGUGGGAAUCGUUAUCAACUGAGGGUCAGCUGGGGAAGGCGAAACUUAUUCUGAGCCAUUUAAAGAAUAACGCCAAGGUUCGCAACUGGACACUUCGUGAGGGACGUCCUAAUAGAGUUGCUCCAGCCACCCCACCAGUCAAUGUUGAUAUGGUUUGGAAGAGGUAUUUGGCUCUUUUGAGCCCAGCUAACUUUGCCACUGGAAUUCUCCCAAAUCUCGCCCAAAACUUGUGCAAUGGAGGGACCCAAAGUCCAACAAUCCCACAAAUUGACCCAAGCAUUUUCAAAGUGGAAUCUUGA